CAGCUUCGGACUUUCCACAAAUCACAGCAUAUCACAUUCACCAUGGCGUCCGUUUACAAGACCGUCUCGAAGAAAGCCGCUCAGCGCAUUGCCCGGGAGCAGGAGCUCGAUGAGGAGGAGCUCGAAAUGGAGGAAUUCCUUGCUAACGCCGACGAUUCAAGCGACAGCGAGGACGAUGAGGAAACCACCACCGAAGCGGCGAAGAAGCAGCUUGCUGCUGGUUUCAUGCCUAAGACUCGCGUCCUGAUGUUGACCUCAAGAGGUGUCACUUACCGCCAUCGACACCUGCUUGCAGACCUUGCCUCUCUUCUCCCCCAUGUUCACAAGGAAAACAAACUCGACACGAAAAAGAAGACUGCUGGUUAUAACCUCCUCCUGAAUUCCCUCGCCGAUCUCCACUCUUGCAACGUCAUCUUCUUCCUCGAGGCUCGUAAGCAUGGUCAAGAUUUGUACCUCUGGCUUGCGCGUCCUCCCAAUGGACCUACCAUCAAGUUCCACGUCAACAACCUGCACACAAUGGGUGAGCUGAAUGCUGGAUUCAGCGGAAACUGCCUGAAGGGUGGUCGUGGUCUCGUGGUCUUCGACCGCUCGUUCGACGAGCAGGGCCCGCUCAUGAGUGCUCCCGGCAGCGAAUACCGGGGCUUAAUCAGGGAGAUGCUUCGCGGCGUCUUCUGCGUUCCCAAGCGCGGUGUGAAGGGUAUGAAGCCUUUCGUCGAUCGCAUCAUCGGUGUCUUUGGCGUGGAUGGCAAGAUCUGGAUUCGCAUUUACGAGAUUCGGGAGUCGGAGGGCGAUAACAAGAAGGAGGACGCCAAGGACGCCAAACCCGCUCUCAGAAAGAAGGACGGUCAACCGGAGAUUUCUCUCGUCGAGAUUGGACCCCGCUUUGUCUUGACGCCGAUUGUGAUCCUGGAGGGCAGCUUUGGCGGGCCCGUCAUCUACGAGAACAAGGAAUACGUGAGCCCCAACCAGGUCCGUCGUGAAAUCCGCGUUGGCAAGGCUGCUCGCCACGCGAACCGCCGGGAUGCCCAGACGGACCGUUUUGCGAAGCGGUCGAAUUUGGGAUUGGGUGAAGGCGAGAAGAAGCCGGGUGCGCUAGACACAAGGCACCUCCCCCUGUGGCGGCUGCGCGAAACUUAUACCUUUACGGACCUUACGACGACCACCAUGUCCUUCGACGUGCUAGCCGCGGAGCUCCUGCUCCAUAUAUUUUGCUCCUGCGAAAGCGUCACCGACGUCAUGAACCUCGCCUCGACAUGUCGCCGAUUUCACAUUGUUUUUCAUCAAUCCAAUAAACUACAGAUACUUUCCGAUGUGGCCGAGCUGGACGAACGUGCGCAAUUGCUGCACAAUUGGUCCACCGCCGACUUGGCCGAGAUCGAGGACGUGCGCGCAAUCAUCGGCGACAUCGUGCAGAACCACAUCUGCCCCAGCAACGGGACUAUCCAGCGUCAAUUCAAGAAGCGAUAUCCCGAGAGCACGCACCAAUUGAUGUUCAACAUCCAUCUGAAUUACCCUACGACGCGGGCGUCUCCCACCGAGUCGCAAAGGUUGUUCGCAAAGCCCUCGGAUCCGGCCGAGCGGUACUUCCAUACUACGCACCCGGGCAAUUUUGACUCCUCGGCGAAGUACAAGUCGCGGUUUCGGAACGAUCUGUUCCAUGACCCUGGGUUCGAGGGGUGGGGGGACGAAAUCCCGCACUACUAUAUUGUGCAGGACAUGAUGAAGCUUGACCCGGGUCAAAUCUUGUGGCUGCGGGAUCAUGCACUGCUCAAGGAACAGGUUGAGGCCUAUAUUUGGGACAUGGGUGACUGGUUCCGGGACAACGGGGAGACAUUCGGGGACACCCUGGAAUGGGUGAUCAAAGAGAGGGGGCAAGAUGUGGAAGAGUUCCGCCGCGCCAUUGCGGAUCGUGAGAUCGGGAUUGUCCAGAAUUAG